GGUAUAUAUGCCCCGCCCUCUUGCCUCCACUGGCAUUCACAUUCCACUGCAUCUCGUCUCUGCCAUGAUCUCUUCCCUCUCUCUUCUCGUCUCCCUGAGCUCGCUCUCCCUUUACGCCCAGGCCCAGCUCGCGGGGCAGACAGUCCAGCUGCAGACCAUCCUUACUGCCAGCGGGAACUGCCUCACCGCCGCCUCUAACGCCGACGGCGCACCCGUCACGAUCGAAUCCUGCUCGACACCCUCCGCGGCGAACUCGUGGGUGCUGCCCAACGGCGCGCACAACUCCGGCCCACUGCAGAUCUACGGCAACAAGUGCCUCGAUGUGAUCAACGGCGCCAAGGCGGACGGGACGAAGCUGCAGAUCUGGACGUGCGCAGCGGAGAACACGAACCAGAAGUGGGUGCCUGCGGGGGAGGACUCGCCGAUCGUCUGGUCCGGCACGAACCUCUGCGUGGACCUCACGGGCGGCUCGACCACGGCCGGGAACCAGCUGCAAGUGUGGAGCUGCGACGCGCAGAACUCGAACCAGAAGUGGAACCACGUCGCCGUGACGCAGCCGAAGACGUUCAGCAUCGCGCUGCAGCACGUGCAAUCGCAGGCGUUCUGCAUCGCUGCGACCUCCGCGGCAGCCAACGCGUCCGUCGCGAUCGAGGCGUGCGCAGGCGGCGCGGCGCUGCAGACUUGGGCGGACCCGCAGAACACGGGCCAGAUGAUGCUCGCGUCGACGCAGGGGAGCGCGCUGGAGCUGUGUGUGCAGCCGAUGGCGUUCCUCUCGAUCAGCCCCUCGCCGCUCGUGCUGGCCAAGUGCGACGCGUCGAUAGCCUCGCAAGGGUUCAACCACCAGCUGGAGCAGCCGGGGAUCAUCAACAGCCACGCGUACGGCUUCAAUUGCAUUGAUAACACCAACGGCAAACUUGUAGCGGGCAACCAACUCCAAAUCUGGGACUGCACCUCCAUCCGCCAGAGCAUCGAUAACACGAACCAAGACUGGAUCGUCACCAACACUUUCUGAUCAUAUAUAUACACGAGAUGAUGUUUCAUGAUGGACCCUGCUGUUGUACUUAAAAUAAUCACUGAAUAGUUCAGCUUGGGUUCGGGCUCGCACGUGGGUGAGCCCGAGUCUACCACGGACCUGAGA